AUUGUAUUCCCUCCCUUUAUUAUCGUCUGUUUUAUCAGCUGUAUUCCCUCCCUAGUCUGACACUCUUCGUCUUCUCCAAUCGCCAUCUCCGGCAUCAAACGAUGCUCCUUUCUUCCUCUUCUUUUGUCCUUUCAUCUUCGUCUUCUUCUCCUUCUUUCUAACACGUUCAUGCGCUUAGAUAGAUUCAAACAUGGCCACGAUGAACAUUAAGGCGUUACCGUAUCAUGUUUCAACCUCCUACGACAGGAACCGUCCAUUUCAGGAUAUCAUUUCUCGUCCAGGAUUCAUCAAAAUAAACUUGCAUCAGCGAACUCCUCCUGGCUCGAGAAGUCUGAAAUUCAGAGUGUUCUGCGAGUUAACUGUCAGGAAAUGCUCUCCUGUUUUGGAGAGCACAUUGUUGUCAAAGAAUGAAUUACUGCAGUCUUCGGAAUUGAUAACAGUUCCUGAUAUCUGGAAGACAGCAGCAGACAAGUUUGGUGAUCGUGUAGCAUUGGUGGACCCUUACCAUGAUCCGCCAACAAAGCUGACUUAUAGGCAGGUCAACAGCUUUUCCUUAUAGGCAGAGUGCCAGAGUACAAUGAACAAACUCCCUAUGCAGAUCCUAAAAAAUACUCCCUCCGUCCCGAAAAGGUUCGUCAAGUUGACUUUUCUUGGUCAAUGACAAUCAACUUUGACUAAUGAUAUUUCUUAAUAUGAAAUUAUUUAGAAUAUAAAAAUUAUAUCAAAAUGUUCAUCAUUCAAAAUAUUUUCAUAAAAGUAUAAAUUUAUAAAUUAUAUACAAGUAUAAUAAUUAAAAUCAUCGCCCAAAGUUUGCCAUUAUUGACCAAGAAAAGUCAAUAUGUCAAACCUUUUUGGGACGGAGUUAGUAGGAUAUAUCUAACUACAAAACUUAUCUACUAACCAAUGAAGUCUAACAACUCUAAAAUCUUAUCUACACAGCUACACACGUACACCAUCUAAUAAUAAAUAAUAAGUGUAACAUUUUCUAUCCCUCAACUUGGUGAGUAUAUAUCAUACAUCCCCAACUUGCUUAUAAGUAGUUCAAACAAUGGUCUGAACAGUCUCUUUGUGAAGAUAUCAGCUGUAUGUUCUAGAUAUGAUGGGUGUCGAGACUUCAAUUUGUAUUAACUGCUUCUAGUAUAUCAGUUUAUUGUAAAAGCAAAUCGAGCGCUGUAUCUGGUUUUAAAAAUACUUUAUCUCAAUCUUGAUUUUAUCCUUGUUCAUGGUUUUGUUGUUUUAACUUUAGCUAGAGAAAGAAAUUUUGAGAUUUGCUGAAGGACUAAGACUUGUUGGCUUAAAACCUGAUGAGAAGAUUGCACUCUUUGCUGAAAAUUCCUGCCGUUGGUUUGUUGCAGAUCAAGGUAUAAUGACCACUGGAGCAAUUGAUGUGGUGCGUGGUUCAAGGUCAUCCACCGAAGAGCUUUUGCAAAUAUACAACCACUCUGAGAGUGUUGCACUUGCUGUUGAUAAUCCUGAAAUAUACUCUCGAAUUGCAAAAAGCUUCCACUCAUUAGCAAAAGCAAGAUUUGUCAUCUUACUUUGGGGGGAAAAGUCGAGUAUAACAGGUGAAGGGAUAGAUGGACUCCCCAUAUAUAGCUAUUCAGAGAUCAUAGAUUUAGGAAAUGAGAGUCAUCUUUCAUUGAUGUGUUCAGAAGAAGGCAGUAAUCAGUAUAUAUAUGAACCAAUCAACUCUCAUGAUGUUGCCACACUUGUCUAUACUAGUGGAACUACUGGCAACCCAAAAGGAGUUAUGCUUACACAUAAUAAUCUGCUUCACCAGGUUUUGAAUUUCUGGGAUUUUGUACCUGUUGUUCCUGGAGAUAGAUUCCUCAGCGUGCUUCCUCCAUGGCAUGCAUAUGAACGUGCAUGUGAAUAUUCAGCUCUUGCUUCUGGAACUGAGCAAGUAUACACUACUGUCAGACACUUGAAGGAAGAUUUGAAACGUUAUCAGCCAAAUUAUCUAAUAUCAGUCCCUUUGAUAUAUGAGACAUUAUACAGUGGGAUUAUGAAACAGAUUAAUGCAAGUAGUAGGUAUCGUAAGCUCAUUGCCUUGAUAUUUCUGAAGAUCAGUUAUGCCUACAAAGAGUUCAAAAAUAUUUAUGAGGGUAAAUGCUUAACACGAGAUCAGAAACCGCCUUCUUUUCUUGUGUCAGCUUUAGACUGGUUAUUGGCCAGAUCCGUUGCUGCUCUAUUGUAUCCAUUGCAUAUCUUUGCAAAGAAAUUAUUCUACACUAAAAUUUGCUCAAAUAUUGGUAUAUCCAAGGCUGGAAUAAGCGGAGGUGGUAGUCUUCCUAUACAUGUUGACAAGUUUUUUGAGGCAAUUGACAUUACAGUACAAAACGGAUAUGGUUUAACAGAGGCAUCUCCUGUUGUUGCCUGCCGAUGGCCAAAUUCUAAUGUCAUUGGAUCAAUCGGAUUUCCCUUGGCGUACACAGAAAUAAAAGUUGUAGAUGUUGAAACGGAUGAGGUCCUCCCUCAUGGUUCUAAAGGCCUUGUCAAAGUCAAGGGACCACAGGUCAUGAAGGGCUACUACAAGAAUCCAAUGGCUACAAGGCAAGCUAUUGAUGAGAACGGAUGGCUAAAUACUGGUGAUCUUGGUUGGAUAGUUCCUCGUCAUUCUGCAGGGCGAUCUCGGAGUGCUUCAGGUGUUAUUGUUCUUGAAGGUCGUGCAAAGGACACUAUAGUCCUUUCAUCAGGUGAAAAUGUUGAACCGUCUGAGGUUGAAGAAGCUGCAAUGUGUAGCAAUAUGAUUGAGCAGAUUGUUGUCAUUGGGCAGGAUAAACGGCGCCUUGGUGCUAUUGUUGUACCAAAUAAGGAGGAGGUUCUUUCAGCAGCAAAAGAACUGUCAGUUGUUGGUUCUGAUGCCAUAGAAGUCAACAAGGAGAAAAUGGCUAGCCUAUUACAUGAAGAACUAAGAAAAUGGACAACGGGUUGUACAUUUCAAGUUGGGCCUCUCCUUGUCAUUGAUGAGCCUUUUACGGUUGAGAAUGGUUUGUUGACUCCCACUAUGAAAGUUAAGAGAGACAAAGUAGCAGACUUGUACAAAGAGCAAAUAGACAAUCUAUACAUUUGACUUCCCCUAAACUUUUUGCAUUUGCAUACUAGUUGAUGUAAUAACUAAACAAGUGCUUUGCAGGGUUUCUCUUGAUUUUUGGUUUCUUAUAAAAUGCAAGGUGUUGAUUUUUAAAAG